AUGGAAUUCGCCCAACCUCCCUCGGAGACUGCGCCUGCGCACGACGCUGAUGUGCCUAUUGCUCCCACUGUCGCCGAACCCGAGCAGACUGCCCAAGGAGAUCAGACGCCGCAGCCACAGGAGGAGCCGCAGCCGGAGUUGCAACAGGAACAGGAGACCCCAACCCAGCAACCUGCCGAACAGCCGGCGCCUGUCAUGGUCAACAUAGAGGAACCGGCGUCUGAGCACAUAAGUGCCCGUGCCGCCAUCAAUAAUGGCUACAACAGCGACUCCAAGGCGCAUUAUCACUCUCGAUCGACCGACUUCCAUCAAUCUGCCCCCGAAUACCCUGCCCAAGACACAGAUCAGUCACGCCAAAACUCAUCUCCCUCCCUUAGCCACCACCCCCUCCCUGUUCCCAACUCCCGACCUGGAUCUGGACUUUCCAGUGGCCCUGAACGCCCUGGUCCCUCUCAGCAACAGCAACAAGAAGCCGGUCAGCGACAAGCUGCGCAGAGCAACAAGAAUAGUGUUGUCAUUAAAGUCGGCAUGGUGGGUGAUGCACAGAUUGGAAAGACUAGUUUGAUGGUCAAAUAUGUGGAAGGCAGCUGGGAUGAAGAUUACAUCCAAACCCUGGGUGUCAACUUUAUGGAGAAGACUAUCUCAAUCCGCAACACUGAAAUCACCUUCUCGAUCUGGGAUCUGGGUGGUCAGCGCGAGUUUGUUAACAUGCUGCCCCUUGUCUGCAAUGAUGCCGUCGCAAUCCUGUUUAUGUUUGAUCUCACUCGCAAGAGUACGCUCAACUCGAUCAAGGAGUGGUACCGUCAAGGCCGUGGCUUCAAUAAAACCGCCAUCCCAUUCCUGGUUGGCACCAAAUAUGAUCACUUUGUUAAUUUCCCCCGUGAAGAUCAAGAAGAGAUCUCUAUCCAGGCCAAGCGAUUCGCAAAGGCGAUGAAGGCCAGUCUCAUCUUCAGCAGCACCAGCCACAGCAUCAAUGUGCAGAAGAUCUUCAAGAUCGUUCUGGCCAAGGCGUUCGACUUGAAGUGCACCAUUCCGGAGAUCGAGAACGUUGGGGAGCCUCUGCUUCUCUACAAGAACGUUUAA